AUGACGCGUAAAAAUGCUGCAAAACAAAAAAAUAGUGAUCCUAAGUUCGUUCUAUACGUCACUUCAAAAGCUCUAAAGGAAGCUAUUAGUUUUACUCCAGCUUCUUCGUCUUCUUCAACCUCAACUUCUGUCCCCACCAACUUAGAUUUAGAAAUUGUCCAAGAAGUUUUUGGUUCACUACCAGAAAAAACAAUGGAGUCAAAACUUUUGGACCCUGAUGAAUAUCUCAAAGACAAUGAUAUAGAAGAAGACCUAAAAGAUUUCACGGUUGUUACAAAAGCUACUUCCUUUGUAGUUGCUAACGCAGCUGCCGCAGCUUUACAUGUGACUAUUCCUGAUCUUAAGAUCAACACUUUCUGUGAUUUCUCUCAAUACAAAGCUGAUAUGCAAUUCAAUAAAAGAACUAUUCAUGUUACUAAUAUUCCUUUACAAAAGAAGCCUGCUAAUAUCAAAUAA